AUGGUACCUGCCGUUGAACCUGGCCUGGCCUGGAAAGUGAAAGACUGGCUGGUGUUCCAACUUCCACUAUCGAAGGCUGCACUAGCCCUUGCAACAUGUCUCGUCCCAGCAGCCGCAGUCUAUCAGGAUGAGGCCUACCACAUCGACUUUCACUACGCUCUUCUAGGCUUGCCCGAACCCGAGGCUACCUUUUUCCAGAAGCCCUAUGCCGGCUCCAAGGCAUCCCUCUUAUACUCGCUCUCGCAAAAUCAGACGAUCGGCGCCGUCAAUCCCAAGGAUGGUGCUUUAGUCUGGCGGCAGCACUUCUCGUUAGAGCCCCACAGCAAAGGCCACCUGCGCUCAGGGAUUGAGCAGGAUACAGUCAUCAGUGCCGUGGGGGAUCGCAUCACAGCAUGGAGCGCCUCGGAUGGACGGCUGGUGUGGGAAACUGUCGUGGAUGGGGCUGUGGUGGAAGACUUGGAGAUCCUGGAGCAGGAAGAUGGCAUGACCAUCAAUGAAGCCAAGGACGCGAUUGUCCUACUUUCAGAUACAACACAUGGCGUCAAGAGACUCGAUGGAAAAACUGGCCGAGUGAAGUGGACAUAUGAGGAUCCGAGCGGAGAUACCCCAUUCCAGAUCUCGACUUCUCCAACGACCGUCUACUACAUCUCCCUCCACUCGCCAUUGCUUGGAGGCUCCAAGCUGAGGGUCACUUCUCUCAGUCCGACCACCGGCAAGAAACUUGACCAGUAUACACUGAGCUCGGAUACCGAAAUUUCGACAAAAGACAACAUUCUCUUUGCUGGAGCGAACACUGCGGCGCCCCUCAUUGCAUGGACUGAUAAGGCGAAUCAACUCCUCAAAGUGAACAUCAUUGGAUCCAAGAGUAUAUCGAGCUUUGACACACCGGCCGAUGAGGCAGUCGAGAAGAUCCUCCUACAUGCGCCCAACCACGUCAACUCUCUUGCCCACUUUCUGGUCGAGUACCAGACAGCGCACGGCCAAUCCGCAGAAGUCUUUCAUGUCGAUCUCAAGAAGAAUACCAUCUAUAAGGCUUAUAGCCUUCCCAAGCUGAAGAGCAAGGGCACUUUCGCGACCAGCACCUCGGAUGCGAAUGUCUACUUCACAAGGAUCACCGAGGACGAAAUUGCUGUCUAUGGAUCAGUUUCUCAUGCAGUACUGGGCCGAUGGAACAUCAGGAGCUCGCUUGCUCUAGCGGGAGCAUACCCUGUCCACGGUCAAUCCGAGGUCGUUGUGAAGGCAGGCACUGCAAGUGCGGUACGCUCCGCAGUCCUGUACUCCAAUGGACAAUGGGCACUUUUUCGCAAUGGCGAGCUAGCCUGGACCAGGCCAGAGUUUCUAUCCCGGACGGCAUCAGCUGUAUGGGCAGGUCUACCUGCAGGUGAGGCACUUGCCGAAGUAUUGGCAGAGGAGAGUCAUCGCAACGCCAUUUCUGCCUAUGUUCACCGUGUCCAGAGGCAUAUUCAGGACCUGAAGUACUUCCCAGCCUGGGUGCAGAGCAUUCCCCCGCGUCUAGUGGGCAGUGUACUUGGAAAGAGCAAGGAGACUACCGUCGAUGACAUCCAACAUGACACCUUCGGCUUCCACAAACUUGUUGUUGUCGCAACUGAAACGGGACGUCUUGCUGCGCUUGAUGUGGGCUCGCGGGGCAAAAUACUAUGGAACGUCGACCUGACCCAGUUUUCACCCAAUACAAUCUUCCAGCACCCAAUCCUGAAGGCUCACAGUGGCUAUGUUGAAAUAAAAGAUCCUGGAUUGGAGGGAUCAAUCUACGUUAACUCAACUACUGGUAGCCGGAUCACUUCUCAGAGCAUCAAAACUCGUACGACUCUGGUGUCCGAGGGACAGACUCUUGUUGCCUUUGAGCUCGCAGAGGGAACUUUAAGAGGUUUCCUGGAAAAUCAACCCACUUCUGAGCCUGUCUGGAGUUUUGCGCCUGUCUUUGGAGAGCAAAUCGUCAGCUAUACCGCCCGACCCAUGCAGGACCCAGUUGCCUCCAUUGGCAGGGUACUGGGAGAUAGAAAGGUACUUUACAAGUACUUAAACCCCAAUCUAGUUUGGGUUACUGCCGUUGCAAAGCGCACUGCAUCCAUCUACCUACUCGAUUCUGCAUCUGGACAAUUGCUCCACACCAUGUCACAUGACAAUGUAGACACUUCCCGUCCCAUCCCAGCUACGAUAUCAGAGAAUUGGUUCGCCUAUGCGUUGACCAUCGAUGGUACUUCUGGGGCUGCUUCCAGGGGCUAUCAAUUGGUCGUCUCGGAUCUUUACGAAUCUCCUCUCCCAGACGACAGAGGUCCACUUGGAGCUGCCAAUAACGCCUCCCUUGUUCAGCCAUCAGAUGCUGCGGGUGACGCUGUGAAGCCUCAUGUAUUGUCACAAAGUUGCCAGGUCCCUGCAGAGAUUUCUCGCAUGGCUGUCACCAAAACAAGGCAGGGUAUUACAAGCCGUGAGCUUCUUGUCGCACUUCCAUCGAUCAAUUCAAUCAUUGGCAUUCCGCGAUCUUUCAUCGACCCACGCCGGCCAGUCGGUCGUGAUCCUAGUCCUCAAGAGCAAAUGGAAGGUUUGAUCCGGUACACGCCUCUAAUCAGCUUCGACCCGAAGUGGCAUCUCACUCACAGCUACGAAGUUGUCGGUGUAAAGGACAUUAUUGCCAGUGAGAGCGGGAUUGAGAGUACGAGCUUAGUGUUCGCAUAUGGCCUGGAUAUUUUUGGAACCCGUGUCGCACCAAGUUUCGCAUUCGAUAUCUUGGGCAAGGGCUUCAACAAGAUCUCUAUGAUCAUGACUGUUGUGGGACUCUUCAUUGGAGUUCUGUUCGUGGCGCCACUUGUCAGGAGAAAGCAGAUCAACGCCAUGUGGACGAUGUGA